AUGACAGCUAACGAUCAUGACGCAACUCAUUCCUUGCGAGGGUUGACUGCUCUUGUAAGGAUAGCACUCAACAAAAAGCAUCGUUUGGCCGUGGAGCUAGGAAUCGACAUCACUGUUAGGAACGGUUUUGCAUUGGUGGACAGGAGAACAAUGUCCACAGAUGCUGACCUGCAUGCCCUUCUCGGAGCUGCAGAGCGUAUCAAAUUUCACGUAAUUGCUCUGCACGGACCAAGCGGUGUUGGUUUUGUUGUGCACCCAUCUGUCGUCCAUCUCGUCGAUUCUCACGAGAUCCUGUCACCUCGUCUGGCCAUUCUUCGCCUCCGCCCUCUGCGUCAAAAAUCCAUCAGUAUCAUCAACAGCUACUCACCAACAUCAGCAGCUGAUGAAUCCGAAUUGGACGCGUUCUACGAGGAGCUGGAGGAAGUGGUCCGCAACGAGAAGUCCUUCUAA